AUGGAGGUCAACCUCGGGAGGAUACCUUUCGACCUUGAUUUCCAUCCCUCUUCUUGCAUCGUCGCAGCUGGACUUAUCAGCGGCGACUUCCAACUGUAAGCUACGCGAACGAACAUUCGGAAACUCAGAAGUUCAUGUUGGAUACCGAUGAUGACCUUGUUCAUGUCCUGAUUCAGGUACAAGUACGCUGCCGAUACACAGCCGCAAAGGUGCGCGCCCAUUCUCAUGUUCGGUGUAAUGCGGGUUUUCGGGUUUAUUACUUGUUAACUUUGAUUUCGAAUGGAAAUUGGAUGUUAUUUUUUAUAACUCCGUCAGGUUGCUGGAAGUUCAUGCUCACGACGAGUCCUGUAGAGCUGCCCGUUUCAUCGAUUCUGGUCGAGGUGAGAUUUAUCGUACAACUCUGUGGGCGCUGAAUUAUUUUCUUUAUAAUGAUGUGGUACGUAUUCUGUGUAUAACUUCAGUGAUUUUAACUGGGUCUGCGGAUUGCUCAAUUCUUGCUACUGACGUGGAGACCGGAAGUUCCAUUGAACGCCUGGAAAAUGCCCAUGAGUUAGUCUUCGUCUCUAGAUCUCCUAGUUUGCUUAAUCUUUUAUUUGAAAUAUAGAAGACCACUCAUAACAUUUUCUUUUGAUGUAGAGAUCCAAUUAACCGCCUGGUUAAUCUGACAGAAAAUACAGUCGCAACUGGGGAUGAUGAAGGAUGCAUAAAGGUUCAGUUUCUUCAUCCUUCUGCUUUCUCUUAUGAUUCUGACGCGUAGCUGUUUGAUUGCCGGUGCGUUACGAUAAUUCCGCUGCUUACUCGUACACGCGGUUCAUUUACUUCUAUUCGUUGAUGUGUGGUGCCUCCCACCUCCAUGUAAAGAAAGGAAUUCAAACUUCAGAGCUGCCUUGGUCAUCCAAAAAUCUUAUGGUGAUUUGGCCCCAUCUUCCAGUGGGGAUCAUCGAAUGUUAAUAUGUACUUAUUUUGUAAAUAAUCAAUUGUGAUUUUCUAUUGCAUUUAUUCUCUAGAACUGAACGCGUUUUAUGACUAUGCUAAACAUGUAAUGAAUGCCAUCUCUUUGUUUGCAUCUUCAUUUUUAUUCUAUCAAAGUUGAAUACAUAACUAGAUAAUUGAAUUUAAAUUCAAUUCAGCUGAAAUUUAUAAAUUAUAUGCUGUGCUACCAAUCGCAUUUCGCAAAUUUAGAUAUUGGGUCUUCUUUUUUUAAGUCUUGAAAGUUUGGCAUUAGGAAGUUUUUCGUCCAAUAAAAUGGGUAUCAUGCAGUUUUACUAAAAAAUAUUUCAUGUCACAUUUGAUGUAUUUCUUUUGGCUAUACUACACUGAACGCUUGGAAUGUCUCUGAGUUUUGGUUAUGUAGACUACUGUGGUAUCUAACAUUCAUUUCUCGUCAAGUUCUGAGAGAGUAGCUUGAACCAUUUCAUUUGGCAGGUGUGGGACACUCGUGCACGUACCUGCUGCAAUUCCUUUGAUGCACACGAAGAUUAUAUCUCAGAUAUGACAUUUGUCUCCCCUUCUAUGCACAUUUUGGCCACAAGGUAAUAGAUACUCAUUGUGGCUUAUAUGUCUGCUAUCUUUGAGUUCUGUUUCAUGUCGAAAAAUAUUGUAACACAUUUUGGUAGAAUUUUUCAGCGUGGUUACGUUGGCAUAUUUCUGAAUAUAAGUUGUUUAACAUUUAUUGGCAUAUUCAACUAUUUAUUUGCUAUCCAUGUUCAUGUGCAUAUGAUUGUGCCAUGCAUUUAUUUAGAAGGUGGGUGUAGUCUCUAUCUCUGUUCAUAAUAUUUCUAUGUUCUGCUAUGGGUCAUUGUCUCUUGUUCUUUAAUGGCAAAGAUAUACGAUUUCCUAACUUUCCAAAGUUUUCCCAGUAGCAAAUCAAGUUUUCUCAGUCUCCCAUAUCAAUUUUGAUCUUUGAGAAACUCCUGAAUUGCUGGCCCAAGUUUGGAUUGUUGCAUACCUAACAAUUGGGAUAAAGAUUUUUCACGUUGGCGAAAAUUUAAUGAAUUUGCAAAUAUGCUUGAUCCCUGUGGUAAAUUUUUCAUGUUUUAUUUAUAUUCUGAUCCCUUAAGUAAUUUUGAGGUUCCUCUAGUGGAAUGAAUCAUCUUUCUUGUUUAGAUUGUUGCCAACCUUGAGUCAUGCCUGUCAAAUUAUGAUUUUUCCUACUGUCUGCAAUAAAUUUGAUUACAUGUCUUUUAUUUAAUUUUUACAGUGGAGAUGGCACGAUUUCUGUUUGUGAUUUGCGAAAAAAUAAGGUACCUGUUACUUGCGAUGCCAUGCUAUAUGUAUAAUGUGAGGCAGCGUUGGAUCAUUUAUUAUGAACAGAAAAUUGAGGUCUUCUGAAAAUCUGAAUUUGAUUAAUGUCAGGUAAAAUGUCAGUCUGAGUUUUCUGAAGAUGAGCCUCUGUCCAUAGCAGUGAUGAAGGUAAAUUAAUUCCUCCUGAUCAAUAUUUGAUUAAAAGCUUUGCAAAGAUAUCAACACAUGCUAAGUUUAUUAAUCUUUUUUACAAUUCAGUCAAAGUCUGUCUUUGCUCUCAGACAUUUCACAUACUGUAAAUUUGAUGUUGCGUUUGCAGUUUUUCUGAAUAAUCUUUUUCUUGUAAGAAUAUUUUUUUACUUCUUUUGGUUUCUGUCUCGUGCUCUUGAAUAUUAGCCUAGAAAGUACUUGAGAAAGAUCUGAGACGCCCAGAAUUCGUGUUGCAUAUUUUUGUUAGGCUGAUAGAAAAAGUUUCGUAGCAAAGUAGAGCAUUUUGUGCAACUUGGAAAUUUAAUCCCUAAAGUAUGGAGAAUUCAAAUUUGUUUGCUCAGACGCUGUGCUUUUUUAUAGGAAUCCAAUUAAUCGUCAGCAUGAAAAUGACCAGUUUGUAGGUCUACUGAAUGUUUUUUGGCUGAAGUUUGUCAUUUUCAGUCUUCCAUUUUUUUUAUCUUCCAUCAUCUCCAUUGGUCGUUAAUCACAUGGAGUGGUAUUUUUUUUUGGGUUUCACUAAGAAGUUGCUUCUUCAAUCAGAAUGGGAGGAAAGUCAUUUGUGGGACCCAGACUGGAGCAUUGUUGCUAUAUUCUUGGGGUUAUUUCAAAGAUUGCAGGUAUGUGAUUGUUUUUUUGGGUUAUUUCUUGGGGUUUCAGCUCAAAGGCCUACCAUACACAUGUUUACCUGGUGCAGAUGCCGUGAACCAGCCAUUUUCUGCAUAACGAAGGAAAUCUGCUGGAUUUUUGUCUCUCUUUUUUUCUUUUGUUUAAAAGGAAAUAAGUACCAAAGAAAAUAUUGAUGAUAUUGCAUUGGUUACCGGUUCAUUCCAUCGAUGAUAUGCAUAACUGGCAUAGAUGUAGUUAUUAGGAAAGAAGAUUCAUGAAUAAAUUGCAUAAAUUGCUUUUGUAUCUAUGGCAACCAUGAAAAGUGUGACUUUGCGAACUUUUGAAACAGUAUAUUUGGAUCAGAAGGAACCACAUCCUUGGUUGGUUGACCACCAUGCUUAUCUCAAGGAUCAGAUGUACGUUCAGACCAGUCUGGGGAUAGGAUAGUAAGGGGUGAGUGGAGGGUGCAAUUAUUUCUAUGAUUUUCACUCUGAAGCAGUUAAUAUGGAUGAAAUUUAUGCAUCAGGCAUUGUGUAGAGGAUAGGAAUAGCAGCAUUCGCGGCCACAUAGAAUUAAAGCAACAUGCACUUGGAAAAAAGAUAAAUACUUGGGGGGGACAUCAGAAUAAAAAUCCACCUGUCUGACGUUAUCUCCAUUUGUGUUUAAUUUGCUGAAAACAAGGAUAGCCGGUCUACAAGAGGAGGUAAAAGGAGAAGAAACAACGGAGAAGAAGGAGAAAAAUGUCAGCUUGUGAAUGGAGAGAAGAAGUGGGACAAGACCGCCUCUUCCUUCUAUUUUUAUCUCGCACUCAUGGAGGAGCGAUUUGAUCCAUGAAAAUAAAACUUACUUGACUAGGGAUUUUUUUUUACAACUGAAUGAUUUGGAGGACAUGAUUUAAGUCGGAAAAUUUUGAAGCUCAUUAAUGUUAUGAACGUUUGAAGAGAAGCCUCAAGUUUUAAGAUGUCAUUGCCCUCUUUACUUGACUAGGGCACCUGAUCUGGCUUGAUCUUUGUAGCUUUCAUCCUGAUCUGACGGUUUUUUAAACCAUGUCGUUGACCAUGUUCGGAACAAAUACUGUGAUUGUGCAUGUCUAAGAAUCAGAAAGUUAGUCUUGAAUGUCUCUGACGGUUUAAUUUUACAUGGUUGACGAACGUGAGAAAGUUAUUGUUGAUGAUCGUCUUUAAAAAGAUUGAUGGAAAAGAUAGUCGGAACUCCCAAUCAUAGUUAGUUAACGGAUUUCGAUGUCAGUCAAGGCAUGCAUGCAAGUUAAUGAGAAGAAUGAAGCUAUUCUCUCAGUUUGAAUGCUAUCACUUUUUUGACAUUUUUGCUCAAGAAUGAUUAUUCUAUUUGUGUCAAUAUCUAUUGAUAUUCGACCUGUGUUAUCAUUACACUUUAGCAUUCACUUUUCGAACUCUUACUACUGAGUUUCUAAUUUAUUUUCUGUUGGUUUUUUAGUGAUCGAUUCCUUGGGCACCCUAUGUCAGUUACACUACUCAAGGUCUGUAUGCCGAAAAUAAUGUUGUAUUCCGUCUGAAAAAUAGAUAGAUUGCUUGCACUGAUAUUUCUCAACAUACAUUCCAACAUUACAGCUUGAUGAAGACACUCUUAUAUCUGGAGCGGAUGAUGGAGUCAUCAGGUUUAUUUCUAUUUCAUUCGCUUCUCUGAACUUGAGUGUGAACUCUAUUCAAUAUGUUGUUCUGUGUGGUAAUGCAGGCUGGUCGGCAUUUUACCCAAUAGAAUAAUACAGCCUCUUGCAGAGCACUCAGAAUGCCCAGUUGAGGGCCUCGGUACAUACCUUCAUGCUUCUCGAUUUGGGUUUUCUCCUCCUGGUUCUUCUACAAUUUCAUAUUCUGAAGUUGAUCUGUGUCUUCUUGUUGGCAGCCUUCUCAAAUGAUAGAAAGUUUCUCGGGAGCAUCUCACAUGAUCAGAUGUUGAAGGUUAGUAUCUAUCUCAUUGUUUCACAUUUUCUUUAUUUGGAAAUAAAUUAUUAUAUUAGGAAAACGUUUUUUCUUUUUCCGUUAUCAAUCUGCCAUUUGAUUGAUUUUUUCAAGUUGAUGCUUGUGUUCUUAACUUCAUCGUUUAAUGUAUAGCUCUGGGACAUGCAAGAGCUGUUAGAUGGACAGCAAAAUCCAAUCAACCGCCAGGGAUUGGAAACAGAUAGUGAUGACGACAUUGAUGAUGACAUGGAUGUGGACAUCAAACCCCCCAAAUCAUCAAAGGGUAUGCGCAGAUGAUGUCGCUCUAUUUUUCUGACAGAGUAGUUUCUGUAAAUUUGUGUUAAAAAUUAGGAAUAUUCAUAGUAACAAGAUCGUUAUGAAAAGAUAGAAUUUAAUAGAUUCGAGCAGAAAUUUAAUAUAAAAACGGAAAUAGCAUACCUGAUCACAUCUCCGAAAAAUGAGAUGCCACUCUAUUUCAAAACUCCCCGUUAUGUUGUGAUGUUGACAUGUACCAUUCAGCAAUAGAACUGUACAAUCAGAAACAAACAAUAUUGUGAUGUUUUUACAACUUUCCAAGGAGGGAAAGGUGGUGAUAGUCCUAUCAAUGUUGAUUUUUUUGCACUACGUAUGUUCCAAAAUGGUAGAAAAAUUCGAUGAAAAACACCCCAGGAUCAUGUUAUAGUACUUAUAAAAUCACUAAUCUCUUUUCCGACUGUUAUUUUCUCGGUCAACUUGGCAGUCAUCAUGUCAUUUGCUUUCAGUUAUGUGUGCCCUUCAAUCGGUUGCUGAGUACCAUCUAUCUGGCAUCUGCCUAACCAUUGACUAUCUGCAGGUUCCAAGAGACAGUCAAACAAUGGGCCAGCGUCCAGAGCUCCUGGAGCCAGUUUUUUCGCAGACUUGUAG